GGGGGGCGGGGCGGGCGGCCGGGGCACUAUUGUUGAUGAGGCGCACGGAGCCGCCGGAGGCAGCGCGGGUCGCCCCGGGCUGGGGACGGCGGCGAGGAGGGGAAGGGCUCGCGUGAGGCGUCUGGAUCCCCGCGAGGGCCUGCCCGCACCUCACGCCUUUCCCUUCCUUCCCCGCCACCGACGGUCUUCCGCGAGCCCCGCGUCCCGGCGGACAAUGUCCCACCAGCGCGUGAGGCGCAACGGCUCCCCGACCCCGGCUACCUCCCUGGGGGGCGGCGGGCCGGCGGCGGCGGCGGCGGCGGCGGGCGGCGGAGCAGGAGCGAGCAGCCGCCUCCAGCCCAUGCGGGCCACGGUGCCCUUCCAGCUCAAGCAGCAGCAGCAGCAACAUGGCAGCCCCACGAGGAGCGGCGGGGGCGGCGGCGCCAGCGCCCCGGGCGGGGGUCUCCCACGCGCGGCGCCCGCCUCGCGCAGCAUCAGCCCCACGCGCGCGGCGCCCACCGGCGGCGGUAACGGCGCGCGCGCCGGCCCCGCCGUGGCCACGCAGACGCCGGGGGGAGGGGGAGGCAGCGCCGCCGCCUCUGCAGCAGCCGCCGCUGCCGUCGCCUCCUCGCGGGGCAGCCCCACGCGUGCGGGCGGGGCGCGGGGGAGCCCCCCGCGGCCUCACCAGCUGCCGCCGCCGCCGCCCCCGCCGCCGCCGCCGCCGCCCCCCCCGCCGGGCUGCGGGCCCUCACCUUGCUCUUCCCCGGUGCCUCCGCUGCCGGAGGGUAGCGCUGCAGCCGCGGGCAGGGUCCGGCAUCGGCGACACUCGCCGGAGCAAGGCAGGAGCUCCCCGGAGAGGAAGAGCCCCAGCUCGCCGGUCUGUAAAGCUGACAAAUCAAGACCACCUUCCUCAAGCCCUUCCAGUAUUAUUCGCCGCACUUCCUCACUGGAUACACUUGCUGCUCCAUACCUUGCUGGACAGUGGCCUCGUGAUAAUCAUGGGCAAGCUGUUCCAUGUAUGAGAGACAAAGCCACACAGACAGAAAGUGCCUGGGCUGAAGAGUAUUUAGAAAAGAAGAGAAGCUCACACAAACGGUCAGCAUCGUGGGGCAGCACAGAUCAACUCAAGGAGAUCGCAAAAUUGCGUCAACAGUUGCAGAGAAGCAAGCAUAGCAGUAGGCAUCAUCGAGAUAAAGAAAGACAGUCUCCAUUUCAUGGUAACCACGCAGCCAUUAACCAUAGUCAGGCUCCCAUUCCAAAGAGUGCUCUUGUUCCUGUGAUACCUAUUACCAAAUCAACAGGAUCGCGAUUCCGAAACAGCAUAGAAGGAUUGAAUCAAGAGAUUGAGAUAAUAAUUAAGGAGACAGGAGACAAGGAAGAGCAGCUUGUUCCCCAAGAUAUUCCGGAUGGGCACCGUGCUCCACCUCCAGUGGUUCAGCGUAGUAGUAGUACUCGCAGCAUUGAUACUCAAACACCUGGUGGAGCAGACAGAGGUAGUAAUAACAGCAGCCGUUCCCAGUCAGUAUCUCCAACCUCAUUUCUCACCAUCUCUAACGAGGGCAGCGAGGAAAGUCCAUGUUCUACAGAUGAUCUUCUUGCUGACUCCAGAGAUAAAGAAAAUGGGAAUAAUUCUCCCCUGCCAAAAUAUGCUACCUCACCAAAACCCAAUAACAGCUACAUGUUCAAGCGUGAACCUCCAGAAGGCUGUGAAAAGGUGAAAGUCUUUGAGGAAAGCUUGCCAAAGCCAUUGCAUGAAAUUCCAGCCUUCUACUGCCCUGACAAGAACAAAGUGAAUUUCAUUCCUAAAAGUGGCUCUGCUUUCUGUCUUGUCAGCAUCCUCAAGCCACUUCUUCCCACGCAGGAUCUUACGCUCAAGGGCACUACUCACAGCCUGACUGUCUCCUCUGGCAUGGCACCCAGUUUGUUGCAGCCCAUUUCUGUGGCUUCCCUAUCUGCAAACACAGAUCAAGACAGGAUCUCUCGUGGAACAAGUACAAUAAUACCACAGACCUCUUUACUCCAGCAAUCAGGACAUACUGAGGAAGCUGAAGGAUAGAUUUAGAUUAUCUUGACAUUUUUCUGGGAAACCUGGGAAAAAAUUUGGAACAAGGUGACUGGACCUUCCUGAUCAUGCUGUUUGCAUUUUAACUGCUUAUGGCACUGUCAUAAUCAAACUGCUUGUACAAAUGACAGUUUGGUAUUACGUUGAGAAGUUCAGGAUGAUGCGGCAGCGGGUGUUCUGUUGCACUGUCUGAAGACUCCAGUUCUGUUUUCUCGCCUGCUUUUUUAAACACUGGUGAAAAUGAAGACUGUUGUAAUCCUUUGCCAUUUAAAGGACCAGUUCUUGUGAUACAGUGUGUCUUUUGACUUCUUUUUCCAUUAAAAAAAAUCUCAAGACCAACCAGCUGACCCCAUUUACCAUUGUGAUCUGCAAAGGGAGGGGCAAUCAAAUGGUUUUGCAAGAUGUCUUUUGUAUAAAUAUGUGUAUUUUAUAACAAAAACGUGCUUUUUCUGGUGCAUAGCAAGUGUUCAAAUGAUACUUUCCUGAGCACAACCCCCCCGCGCCACACCUUUCUUUUCGGUAGGGAGAGUUCUUUUUCUUGGCUGUUUUUCAGCUGCUGGGACCAAAGGAUUGCUGAAAUAUUUCAGCAGUCUCAAAUCAUGUGACCUUGCUGAACAGCCUCAGCCCUAAAUAAAAUAAGACAAAUUAAUGUGUUUGAUAUUUUUCAAACAAGAGUAUCCAAAAAGCAGUGUUAGACUAUAGUGCACAUUUUUUUCAAAUCUGAAGUUUGUGCUUUGGGUAAGUCAUAUUCUUAAAACUCCUUCCUUCACAGAAUUCUCAUCUACCUGUGUUUAUUGCCUGGAAAAUUGCAUUUUAAAGCACUUGUCCCAGUAGUUUUGCAUUUGUCCAUAGGAUUUUUGUGUAGGGGUGGAAAAAAAUAUUGUCCUCUUAUCCCCUUUUUUCCAGAAAAUAUGCUACUUGCCUCUUACAGGAUUUCUUGGCUACUUACAGCGUUAGUCAGCCUGAAUCAUUAACCACUCUUGGCACAAAUUUGCGCUGUCAUGACUCAUCACUGUAUUAUAGUCCCUAGCCACAUAAUACUGAAAUAUCUGAGCAUGGUUUCUUACCUUUCGCCAUAGCAGUGUUUUGUGGGUCUGUUGAGGGUGAUGGUUUGUAGGGUAUGGUUUCUGUAACACAGCAGUUGACAGCAACAGAUACAUUCUCCCUUUUUGACUAGCAACCUAGGCUGGAGCGUAAAGCAGAGGAUUUUUUGACACCUGGUCAUGAUAUGCAGCAGUUUAUGGUUCUUUGGCAACUAUAAUAAAUGAGAAUGGGGGAAGUGGGUAUUUCAAACUGACACUGUUCUGGAACUUCAGUAAGGCUUCUCCUGUGUUACUGAAGUUCAUUACUUGGAUCUGAGUAAAAUGAUAUAUAUAUGCAAACAACUGCAGUUGCUUGAAUGCCAGUGUAAUUUCAGCUUACAAAAUGAAUUGGCCUUGUAGCCUCUUUUACAGAGUAGAUUCAGUAAUUUUAAAGUAAGUGUCAUAGUGGACAGUCUCUGGGUCUGAAUAUGAUCUGUUGCACAUGCGCGGUUCUCACUGACUUGUAUAUACAUAGCUCCCAUGGAUCGGCUGCAUACCCAGGUCAUCUCAUAAUUACAUAUAUUUAAAUAUUAUACUGCAGGUAUAAUGACUGUGUUCAUUGCUUGGUAUGCUAAGUUUGUUUGCAGACAUUUCAUUUGGAGAAAAAGUACCUGCAUACCUUUGCAGGUUACAGUCAUAGUUUUGAUACACACUUACUGUUCCUGUAAAUGCCACAUAAAUAACUGUCAGAUAGCAAUAAAGUUUACAGAGCAAGUAAGUGUAAAUCAUGCUAGCCUACAUAAGUCCUGCAUUCAUGGUAUAAUGAACCCCUUUUUAAAACAUUAUGCAAAAGUUCAGCAAAUGAAAAAUAUACCACUAAGUAUUAAAAUAUUAGACCUGUUAAAUUAGCGAAUGAGCAGAAUUUGGUUUGCCAUCUUGCUCUUCCGAUCAAAAUAGUUAGGAUUAUACAGAUGGGUUUAAAGAACUUUGUUUUGAAGUGACAGCUCUGAUUUACACUAAGAAGUUGUUUGGGGAGAGGAGAUUAAAAUAAGUGGCUUGGUGCUUCAAUUUUCUGUAGUAUUAUCAAUUGAUAAUUUUUUUGUAGUUUUUAUGGAUAUCGGUAAGUUUCUUCUGAAAAUUGUGAAAUUUGAAGUCUAAAAUUUAUUGCUUUAGAUAGCUUUGUGUAAACCUGAUAUGACUGGCUUCAUGGAAGAUGGCAUAUUUGAGAUGAAGAAUUGCUUGCCAAGUCUGUUGUUUAUUCCAUAGUAGUAGCAUAUGGAGAGAUUCAUCAGUGCCAAAUAGCCUAGUGCUUUAUGAGGAUAUCUUAACUGAAUUGUUAAGAACCAAAGGGCUAAAGUUAACAAAUAGCCUUUAUUACAGCCUUGAGACUUAACUGACUUCACCAAAACUGCAUUCUGAUGUUUGUUUUCAUCACUGAGUGACUCUCCCAAAUAGCAAGGGUCUUUCUUACCUUAGAACUUUCUUUUGCACCUGUUACUGUAGUACUUGAGCAUCUCUUAGUGUACAUUGCAUGUUAGCAGACAAUGUACUGUAUAAAUUAGUGAGCUGCUCUGAUAAAAACCAAAUGUAAAUAUGAGGUUUUUGCUUUUUAUAAAAACAAGCUGGAUUCAGGACAACAUAAUUUUUUUUUUUUAAUGUGCAGGACAACUCCACUCAUUGCAGUGGCAGCUCUGCUUUAUUAUCAAUCCAUGCUAAAGACCCAGAAUUGAGAAAAUAAGACAGCUCUUGUUCCAAGACCAGCUUUUACAUGUGUGCAUAUAAAAAUUAGCCUUAAAUGUCCUAUAUGCUGUCUUGUGUCAUAGCAGGGCUGUUAAAUAAAGUAUUUAAAUCAAUUUCAAAAUAGAUCUGAGAGUGCAUGGGACUUUUUAAAACUGUGUUGUGUAUGGGGUGGGAUGUUUAGUUUUGGGAGGUUUUACCCAUGCAUUACCCCAGCAUGGUUUUACCAAAAGAGUUCAAGUUCAUUUGGCAUACUUUCAGUCCUAACUAUGCAUAAACCUAGUCAGUUCUCUGAUUGCCUAUUUCAUAGCUUACAAAAAGUAAAGGUCUAUUUUUAUGCACAACUCGACACACUUGAUACUGUUUUCCCGACAUUGCAUACUUCUAGCAACACUUAAAGGCCAGUGGCAGAGUGUUCAGCAACACUGACAGUUGAUUUUUGAGAUGUACUAAAUUGUGUUCCCCUACUUGUAAACUGUACCUGAGUCACAAGGUAGAGGGUCACUGUUGUAAUAAAGACCUGUGCUGGCAGCUAUGACUAUUGGACUCCUUGCCUUAAGAAUUCAAGGCACAAGGCAAGAGGACUUCUUUGUUAAAGUUUAACUUGCUUCUGCUGUUCUUUUCUCACAGGAUUGGUGCCAUAAUCCUGUAGCAACAAAUUUAAGUACUGAGGCGGUAAAAGCUAAUGCUCGAGUACAAAUUCCUUGGAAGGAAAUUCUUGGUUGCAUGUACAUAUCCCCUAUGAGAAAGAAGGGAGAGAAAAUGAAAUAUUGAGUACUAUAGAAGUAAGUGAUUUCUGUGUUUGAUUUAUGUAAAACAAUAGCAGCUCUUAAAAAGUAUGUUUACUCUCAGGGCUACUUUCUGGUUUAUUAAAAUACGGUGUACUGGAAUUCAGAACUUGAGAUCAUUGGAAAACACUGAAGAUGAGCCUUUUGGGGAGAAAAAAGCUUUUAAGAAUAGGUACUUGCAUCAUUUUAUUGUAAUAUCUGGAAAUAUUGAAAAUAUUGUUAACAUUAUCCAUCUAUUAGCAAACACAUUUAAAAAUUCAUAGUCCUGUAUAUAAAGCAUAUUGCUUCUGAACUUGAUAUUCAAGGAGUUAAGAGUUGCUAAGACAGCUUUUGAAGCAAAGGAUGCGUUAACUUAAAGAAGAAAGCUUGGUAACAGGAGGAAAAACUGAACAAAUAAGGAAAGUCAUAUCCAUUAACCUUUCUUCUGCCUCAGGACUAACUUGUUGCUUGUUGAAUUCGAGUAGUACAGCAGUAAUUCCUUGCUGGACUACUGUCUGUUCUCUCCCCACCAUCUCUGAAAUGCUCAGUGAUAACCUCACAGUAACUUGAUGCCAGUGAUGUCCGAAAGGCUUCCCUCUUAUCAUUAAUGUUUCUUUGCUGAGUAUCUGACAGUUUCUCUGUGAAACUCUGAAAGAUGGUGAGGGAAAAGUCAGUUUUUGCACCGCAUAAAAGGACACCAGUAACUUGCAGUUACAAAGAUCAGUGCUGUUUGAUGACUUCAUAGGUGUUUUGACUUCUAUUUGUCUAAUUACGAACACAUGCAUACUGUCUGUGUAGGUCUGCUGCCUUUAUUUCUCUGGUUUGAGGCAGGCCUGGUAUUUUUAAGAUUUUUUUUUUUUAUGGAUAGACUCUCACACCUGUGCUCAUCCAGAACUGAUGCACACUUUUUAUAUAAGCAUGUGCAAAGCAAAACUUGCAUGUUAUUUCCACUAGUUCUCUUGAAAUUAAUAUAGUCUGCAAAAAAGGCCCUUACUUGAGAAUGUCAAGACUGUGCUUUCUCCAUAUAAUGCCAUAGUUUAAGUGCCCUUCAUCAAAAGUCAUAGCCUAAAGGUGUUGUGGUGGCUUAGACCCAAAAUGGAUUGGUGUGUAUUAAAACUAAAAUGUUAGUUCUUAGAAAAGGUAAUAGAGAAGGUUCAGCUUUCCUAACCUAGGUGAAUGAAAAGCGCUGUGGAAGAUUUGGUUUCACUGUGGUCAAACAGUUCUUAUGAAAUUCUUUUUCUAAACCCGGCUGUGCAGGCAAACAAAAUGAUCACUUAUUGCAAAAUGUACCUGUAUAUUUUCUUGACAUGAAUUUGUGAGUGUUCAGCCCCUCUGGAAAUCAGUUCUGCUCUUAGCUUUUCUUUUGCUUUUUUUUUUUAAUACAAAGAAUGACCUAGAUGCAUUGUUUUGAAAAUAUUACUUUGUAUGUAGAGUCGAGUGGGGGGAGAAUACUAACUAUAAAAAGGUAUUUCAUGAAAUACCAAUCCUGUAUUCCAACUGAAUUGCAACAGUCUCUUUCCAAGUGCUCAUGGAAUUUUAUUAGUGCUUUCUUGAUCUCAUUGCAUGUCGUCAGUAAUGACUUAAAUAUGGUCUUUGCUCAUCAAUUCUUCACUGGGUUUUGUAUUUGGCAGCAGAGGCUUCUGUAGUGUUGACAUGGUUAUCUGAAUUGCAGAAAAGUACUUGGCCUGAUAACACUGGAAGUUAUAUUUCAUAAAAAGAUGUAUUUUGAAACACUUUGGAAAAUUUGGUAAGCUAAAAAAUGAAAACCUUUUCUAGACACCUCAACGAUCCUAAUUGUCAAUAUGUUGAUUGUUAAAGAAUAUUGCUUGACUUUAUUCUGAAUUACUUUUCAUUUAUUAAAAUGUGCAAUUUUUGAGUUUGGCAGUCAAGGGGUGUCCAAAACUGCCAUUAGAUUUGCCUUUGUAUGAAAUUGGCUGGUAUAUUUUCCUCUGUUACACUGUGAUAACUUGUGGACAUGUUCUUGUGUAUGUUGUGCUGAUAGGUUACUUGUUGCAUGUAAGGCUAUUUUUGUAAGCAGGAGGAAUUCCAGGGAUGUUCUGCGAAAAGGCCGUGGUCUGAGGUGAUGUACACUGGUGUAAAACUGGAGCAGCUCAGCUAAUUUCAAUGGAAUUCUUGAUUUACACGAGUCUCCUUGCUAUGUGUAGUUAUGCCAGUACUACUUUGCACAAUGUUAUUUUCAAUCUUGAGUUCUGACUUGUGAACUGUUUCCACUGAAAACAUUGAAAAUUUUAUAAACUGCAAUGGUGGAAUGUUGGGGGGGGGGUUCCUUUUUUUUCUUUUUCCUUUUUUUCUUUUUUUUGUUUUUUUGCUUAAAAUAAAAAGUCAUCACUUCUA